AUGGCAUUCAAUGGAACCUGGCAGGUCUAUGCUCAAGAGAACUAUGAAGAGUUUCUGAAAGCUCUUGCAUUGUCAGAUGACAUUAUCAAAGCCGCCAAAGAUAUUAAGCCUAUUGUUGAAAUACAACAAAAAGGAGAUGACUUUGUUGUGACAUCAAAAACACCCAAGAAAUCUGUAACUAACACAUUUACGCUUGGAAAAGAGGCUGACAUUACCACUAUGGAUGGCAGAAAGAUAAAGUGUACUGUGAACAUGGUAAACGGGAAGCUUGUGUGCAAAUCAGAUAAAUUCUCUCAUGAGCAAGAAAUUAAAGGAAGUGAAAUGGUGGAGACCAUGACUUAUUCUGGAGUAACACUUGUCAGAAGAAGCAAGAGAAUUUAA